CAUGGUCGCGAAUUUCGGAAAACUUUAUUUACCGCGAUAACAAUGAUAAACACCGCAAAGUUCUUUGCUCUUUUAGAGAGUUUAAAGUUUAAUAAGGCAUUAGUUCCUUCCGCCUUGGAGAAAAACCUCGUUGUUUUAGAAAAAUAUGCCAAACUAGAGAUUGAUCAGCAGUUGCAUGAGCUGUGCGAGGCAUAUCAGCUAACAACGGAGCAGGAGUCCCUUAUUAUCCCGACAGUAGACGCCGCUGUAUCCUACAUCGUCAGAUUGCAACAUGUGCUCCACUCGAUCACGAGAAAUAUUAAUUUCCAUAGCGACGCAAAGGAGGACCUUAUAUCGGUCGCGCACCUUAAACUUUGUAUUCAAGCCACUCAGGAGUUGUCCUACUAUUCACUUCGAUGUCAACUCCAUGAGGACUUCUACAAGUCACCCAUAUUCCAUGAGGCCCAAGCAAAAGUCAAGGCUAACUCAUCACUACUGCUCUUGAGCAUCAAGUUCUUUGUAAAUCUACUGCCUAUCCGCCAGUUUCACAUAGCCAACUCCAUGGAGCUGGUGCAAAGGGAUCUUCUGGCGGCCAUAAUGAGUCUUCGUAUUCGGGAGGAUUCUGUAUAUCUUGAUAAGGCAAUAACCUACCUCUGGCAGCAUGAAUCAAAGGCAGAUUUCUUCCGCCACAUCUUGCUCUUGAAAGCCACACCUCUCUGCGAACCUCUGGCCAAAUUGUUGCACAAUCAACUCCUAGGAAAACUUCACUCACCCCAAGGAUUUGCCAGCUUUGUGGAUGCGCUGCAUCAAACUCCUAAUGCAAGUCCCACAAGAAACGCAGAAAUAGUGGCUAGUAUUGUGGCAAGAAAAGGAUUCUCUCAAACUGCCCAACAGAAAAUGAUUCUCCAGGUGUUAGAAUACUGUAAAUUCUACCUACAGGAUGCGGACAAAAUGUGUGCUGGUGUCCUAUCCCUACGAAGACUUUACGAUUUAAAUGAUGCUAAUAAGCAGAAGAUUAAUGAGAUAUUAUCCAAACACUGGGAAACUCUUAGAAACCCAGAAGACGUAAUAAGUGGCCUUAUCCUAAUGGAACACCAGGAGUUUUGCAAUCGGAUCCUGCUGUGGCAUCAAUUUUUCUGUUCCUCUAGCGUGGCUUGCUUACCUAGUGAUCUACUAAUUCCUUACCUUCCUUUACUUCUGCAACUCUACGAUAGCUUACCCUUGGAUCUUCCUGCCACGAAGCAGCUUUCUGCAAUCAUUUUACGCUGUCUAGAUAACAGAGAUACGAAAAGGGAAUUACCUGUUAUACUAGAAAGAUUGUUUAAAUGGGAAAUCGAAAAGGAGCCUCCAUGGAAGAGCCUUAACUCACGUAUUCUUAUCCUGCCUUUAACGAACUCCAACCAAAUUCAGGUUAAAGUGGCACACAAGGACCACCAAGUUGAUCAUGAUAUGGGCCGAAUAUUGCCUGGACUGCUGAUAUCCAGCACUCAUAAUUCCCUUACCUGCAAUGUUUUUUUGGGUCUCUUAAAAUUCAUGGGUGAUCAGCUUAGAGAAAAGUCUUCAGCUAGCGUUGAUUUUAUUUCUUCUGAAACGGAACUCAAGGAAUUCCUUCACUCCAAGUAUCAACUUAAGCUGGAUUUGCUUAUCGCUCUUAACCAAAUGGUGGCCCAUCAACCAUUGAGAGCUCAGCUAGCCUUGCACACCAAGCAGUUCUUGAUAAUCCUAAAGGAUUUACUUCAUCACCGCUCAGAAGAGCAGGAGACAACGGAUCACAUCCUUCUAAUUGUACUUAAUCUAUUGCAAGAACUACUCGAGAGCAGUGAAGAUCUUCAGCUCUCAGAUGGAACAAAAGAACUGAAAGAGCAACUGCAUCAGUUAGGCUCUCAAUCAUCUAACCAUCUUAUAAAUCAAUCUGUAAACUCCCUGCUUACUUUAAUCAACGGAGCAUGGCGGCCAAGUGAAGCUGUCAAAGUUCUACCCUUCCAAAAAGCUCGAUCGCUGAUAGAGGAAAAGCAAUCCCAUCUUCAAGUUUAUGGCAUUCAACUAAUAAUAGAUUUGAUCAAGAAAAGAGAUCCAGCCACGAUGUCGCAGGGUCAUCUUAUUAUAGCUUUGGCUUUGACCACUCUGAAGGAUAAGGAAUCGUACACAUUCCUGAAUUGCGUUCGGCUUUUUGUGUCGUUGGUUCAUGUGAUGGAGUCCGAGGUGCUGGACAAGCUGAGUGAAGAGUACUUAUCGGAGACUGCUGAUCUGGACUACCGAUUGGUUGUGGGAGAAGCUAUUCUUAAAGUUGCACAGGAGUUGGGCCCUCUCUGCUAUCGAUACAAAGGAGUGCUCCUUAAUUGCUUUAUGCAUGGCUCACGCUCUCCAGUUCACGAAUUCAGGAUGUCUGCGUUUGCCAAUCUCGCCCAGCUUUGUCGUCUGUUGGCCUAUCAGGUUCAAAACUUCUUCGAAGAGCUACUCCAAUUGGUUAAUAGCGAGUUAACCACUGGAGACUAUGUGCCCGCUAAGAGGGCAGCUGUUUUGGUCUUAGCUGAACUGUUAAAUGGCAUGGAGAAUCUGCUAGAUUAUCAAGAAAUGCUUUUGCCAAUUUAUCGGCUCCUAAAAGCAAUUGAAGCGGAGGAGUCCUGUGAUUCUCAAAUGCGACAGCAUGCGGCAAACGGUCUGAAAAUAUUGAAUGAAAAGUGCCGACAGCUGAUUCAAUCUAGCUUGCAGGAGAAAACAUUUCAAAAACAGAUCAAGGUGCUGGGCAUUAAGGACGAGGUUUCUCCUUCAAGGAAAACCCGCCACAUACUAGAACUUAAUUAAAAAUUAAACGCCUUUAAAUUUCACAUAAAGUUUUUAAUUAUUUUAAUACAAAAUAGAUUAACUUUAUAAUUUACGUAACAAAAUGCAAUAGUGAAUCAAAUAAGUUUACAAAAUUGAUUAUACAAUUUUUACAAACUUAUUUCGUCCACUUUAAAGACAGAUUUUUAAAUUACGGACACACUAUAAAGGCAAAGUUUGGUACACAGUA